GGUACCGGCCGCGCCCGGGGCCGCGGGCCGGGCAUGGAGCGCUGGGCGGGGGCCGCCGGCGGCUGGGGCUCGCUGUGGGGAGCCGGCUGGGGCCGAUGGCCGUGCUGGGAGCUCCUGGCCGCCUGCGCCGUCAUCGGCGCCGUGGGCUGGCUGCUGCGGCUGCGGGACAGGAGGCCGGGCGGCCGCCGAGCGGCGGCCAUCGCGCCCCGCCCGGCUCCCGCCGCCUGCCCCGCUCCCUCCGCCGCCGCGGGGAGCCGGCGCUGCAGCGGGGCCCGCCCAGGUGAAAUAACAAUGGAUUCAAUACUGUCCCAACUGAAGAAGCUUGGCCCCGAUGAGCUCAGAGAAGAGAUCGUGAGAGCAGGACUGAAAUGCGGCCCCAUCACUGCAACUACGAGGUUUAUUUUUGAGAAGAAGUUGGCCCAGGCGUUGUUGGAGCAGCAGGGAGCACUGCAGGACACGGGAUCUGCUCUGCCACAGGAGGCUGCUGGGAACGUCCCGGCAGGGAAUCACAACGGCCACGGGGGUGCUGCUGAGGAGACAGACUUUGGGUACUGUGUGGGUGUGAACCCUCCAGAAGAAGAUGCUGUGACACACGUGAACUGCUCAGCUCCAGCCUGUGCAGCAGGAAGUGCUGAUUCACAGAGCAGUGCUCAGACACCGUCCCGAGAUCCCCCACUGUUCUACGGUGUUUGCCCCGUUUAUGAUGACAUACUGGCAAGGAAUGAGAGAGUACAUGUUUAUGAAGAUAAAAAGGAAGCUCUCCAAGCUGUUAAGAUGAUUAAGGGUUCCCGUUUUAAGGCUUUUACUAACAGAGAAGAUGCUGAGAAAUUUGCUAAAGGAAUCUGUGAUUAUUUCCCAUCUCCCAGCAAGUCCUCCCUAUGUUUGUCACCAGUGAAAAUGGGAUCAUUUAACAGAGAUGGCUUGUGCUCCCCUGAAACUGAAACUGCCAACAAGGAGAGAGCCAACAGCUAUAAAAGUCCACGGACUCAGGAUCUCACGGCUAAACUUCGGAAAGCUGUGGAGAAGGGAGACACAGCAACGUUUUCAGAGCUGAUCUGGAGUAACCCUCGCUAUCUGAUCGGGUCAGGAGACAAUCCAACGGUGGUACAGGAAGGGUGUAGGUACAAUGUCAUGCAUGUUGCUGCCAAGGAGAAUCAACCUGGGAUCUGCCAGUUACUGCUGGACACUUUGGAAAAUCCCGAGUUUAUGAGGCUCAUGUACCCGGACGAUAACGAGGCCAUGCUGAAGAAUCGCAUCCAAUACAUUGUUGACCUUUACCUCAACACACCAGAUAAAAUGGGAUUUGAUACUCCACUGCAUUUUGCCUGCAAGUUUGGGAAUUUGGAUGUUGUUAACGUGCUUACCUCACACCCAGCUAUUGUGAAAAAUCCAAGAAACAAAUAUGAUCAAACUCCAGCAGAAGUAGUUUGUGAAAGAAGCAAGAAUAAAUCUGCAGAAUUGAAAGAAAAGCUGAGAGAGUACUUGAAAGGCCGAUACUAUGUGCCCCUGUUGAGAGCAGAAGACAAUUCCUCAGCUCCUGUCAUCGGAGCGCCGUGGUCACCGGAUCAGACGGAUGAUGGUCCCCAGAGGACUUUAUUUAAAUACCCUGGCAGCCCCAAAGAUCCAGUGUUGUCCAUAAGAGCUUUUGCAGGCCCCAUGAGCCCCUCAAAGGCUGAAGAAUUUCGCAGGCUUUGGAAAACUCCACCUCGAGAGAGAGCUGGCUUCUUUCACAAUGUCAGGAAAUCUGAUCUGGAGAGGGGUGUUGAAAGAGUUGGAAGGGAGUUAGCUCAUGAACUGGGGUUCCCGUGGGUUGAAUACUGGGAAUUUCUGGGCUGUUUUGUUGAUCUGUCUUCCCAGGAGGGGCUGCGAAAAUUAGAAGAGUACCUGAGUCAUCGUGAAAUGAGCGAAAAGGCUCAGCAGGAGACAGGGGAAAAUGAAACCUGCAACAGAUAUAAAACACCCCAGCCCUCGGGGAAGAGCAAAAAGUCCUGCAACUCCAUUUCGGUGGGGGCGUUUCUGGACGAGGAUGACGAUGACAUGAGCUUGGAGGAAAUCAAAAACCGGCAGAACGCGGCGCGGAACUUCAGCCCCCCGCUGGUGCCGCGGGAGCCCGGCAUCGACGACAGCAUCGACGACAUCCUGGCCGUGGGGCGGGCAGCGAACAUCCUGCCCACGGCCCCCCACGGCCACAAGGCGGCUGCUCCCAGCAGGAACGGGUUCUGCAGCCCCGUGGGCACCGACAGGAUCAUCAGCCACGGGAGGCGCGGCGGGGAGGAACGUCCCGCAUCGCCCGUCUCUGAUUUAACCCCCGAGUUUGAGAGCCUGUCCUUCCAGGAACAGGAGCUUGUGGGAGAAUCUCAUAAAAUCACGGAGAAAACUGAGAAGGAGGGGGUUCUGGACAAGGCCUGCUCUGCAGUGUCACUGGCGAGUUCUUCUGAGCCAGGUGUUACAGGAAAAUCUGGAGAGGCCAAGUUAAGGACAGAACACAAAACGCCCUUAGAAAAGGAGAGGCUGUCCAGGCAGUCUGGGAUUCUGACUAAGGAGGCACAACAGCGUCAAGAACUUUCUUCCCAGAAGUUUCCCUCGAAGGCUUUACCCACAAAUGACAAUUCUAUGUUAUUCCUGCUUGGGGAGCAGCCCUCGAAGCUGGAUGGUGAUGUGCUGGCAGCUCUGGAAGCAGCAGAGAUCGAUGCCCAGAAAUACCCCAUGAUUUCCAAGUGGAAGCUCGCAGUGCAGUCCUACUCCUCCUCUGACAGGCAAAGUUGGCCCAGUCCAGCUCUGAAGGUGAAAUUCCGCUCCCAAACCACCCCUGCUGGCCUUCCAAGUGCUUCGGUGACUCCCAGCUCCGGGAGGAGCAGUCCCCUGGCAGGGAGUCCCGGCAGACACGGCAGUGGCAGCCCCUUCCCUGCAGAGCCGGGCAGUCCCGGGCGCUACAGCCCGGCCUGGGUGCCCCCGGCCCUGCUCCAACCGCGCCACCGGGCAGAGCCCCCCGCCCUCUGAGCCUGCCACUGCACCUGGGAUCCCUCUGCUCCACUGCAGGAAAAAACUACACUGUUACUGAAGUGACAUGAGGUUUGUACUCGGCUAUUUAUUUCUCCUCAGUUGAGGACAGCUGUAUGUUUAAAAAAAAUGGAAUAUAUGUCUUAAUGCCAUACACGAGAUAGAUCAUUACUGGUGACGUGCAAGAAGUUCGUGACAGUGCAGUUGUCCAGUAGCUACAAAUUAACCCUUGUUGCCACUAACACGGUGAGCUGAGCCCUCCCUUAGCAAUGGUGGAAUUUGCCAGCACUAGUUACUGUUAUUGUAAUGAACACACGGCCCUCUGCUCCUUUCUUUACCUUGAACAGGCGAGGAAAAACAUCAUCAACAAACAGAACCUCAGGAGAGGAAAGGGAUGGCAGGAAGGGAAAUGUUCUCCUGCUUGCAGGGGUAGCCCUGAGAGCAAAAAGGCCAAAACCUGCCUGGGUAAUGCAAGGAAUUCUUCCUAGUAGGGAAUGGGGCUGUGGAACCCUGUGCAUAAGCAGUGUCCAACCAGCAGCCUGGGCUGGGCAGUUGCUCCCCACACACUCACCUGUGUGUCCACUGUACGUGUUGUUACCGACACCGGGAUCUCCCCAGUGCUGUCAAACUGCUGGGAUUCCUUUCAGUGGUAGAGUGAAGAUUAAGGAAAAAAAAAAAAAAACAAACAUAAAAACUAGCUGAUUUUUUCCCCCCACAAAAGCUUUUAGCAUUAGCAGAUUUUAAUAGUUAUUGCACAAAAGCACACGAGCAAUAAUCUCAGCAAAUUUACCAGCAAGAUACCUUAAUGGUCUAGUUUGUAAUAUAUUAGUGUGGUAGCCAGUGGCCCAUGAGGCGGCUCCUUAUUUCCCAACUGCUAAGAGAGACGAGGACUAAAAAUACUUUUCUUGAAAUCUAAGCUUUUAGUGUGUCUCCAGCCUUGACAUGGUAAUGAGUUUUUGUUACAGCAGUCGAUAGUUUUAUUCUCCAGCCUGCUGUAAGAAUGACUUGUUUGGACAGCGCAACGCUGGGAGUGAAGAAAGCUUCUCAAAACUGCAGAGAUUUCCAUAUCAAGCCUCGUGGCUGUAAUGUUGCAUGAAAGGCUUCCAGAAACAGAGCUCUGAGGUAAAAAAAAAAAAAAAAAAAAAAAAAAAUCUAUUGUUAACAACAUAAAUGUGGAGAGAAGGGGAGGCUCUGGCACGGCUGUGCCGGUAGGAAGGGAUGGAUCAGGAGUGUUGGUGCCACACAGGCCGUGAGGAAGCACCGUGGAGCUGCCAGGGAAGUGCUCCAGGCCUAAAGACAGCAGUGGGAGGCAGGAGGGGUCAGCCCAGUCCCACCAGUGCCAGGGCGAGUCAGCCCCGCUCACACGGCAGUGACUGUUCCCUACACAAACCGUGCACCCUCCGUAGGACAAACUACAACACUGCACUUAAUGCUUUGGCAAGUUCAGUAGUGCCUUUUGUAAUAUAUUUUUUUAAUUAAAUUUUUGUUCUUUUAGAAGUUGGAAAAAAAAAAAAAGUGGCAUCCACUUACUCUGGGCAGAUAAAACACAGUUUUUCUCUGGGCUUUCUGAACAGGAUGUCUUUUUAUGUCUCUAAGUUUGAUUAUCUGGUGCGAUAGCUCUCCACUGGGGGAGAGACUCCUCUUCUAGAAAUUCUUCUUUAAAAAAAAAAAAAAAAAAAGCUUAUUUUGCUCUCUUGUUAAAAUUAAGCCUAGUUCCAUUGAGCUGGACAUUAGAAAGAGCUACUUUACAGAAAUGCCUCUCAUUCAGUCAUAUUCCACACACCAAGCAGGGGCUUGGGUGGGUGUCAUGCUUUAAGAGACAUUUUCAAAAAAAGCAAAACAAAAAAAAAACUCACAAAGAUGACCUGCUGUUACCAAGUACAUUAACUGACUUACUUUUAUACAGGUUUUUUUUGUUGAUGGUAUUUUUUUUUAAUCUGUUUUCUUGAUGCUGCAAGCUCCAUGGUCUCAAAGUUUUUAUGGUCCCACAUAACUACAGUUUUACCUUGAGAGGUUUAGGGUUUGUUUGGGGUUUUUUUGGGGGCAGUUGGUUGGUUGGUUUGGGUUUUUUAAAAUAAUUUAACAUUAAUAAGUUAAAAGUCUUUGUCAUUCUGGAGAAAGGCCUCAGCACACACCCUGUUCCAGCCAGACUGAGGGGUAAGUUGCUGUGGGGGCAGCUGCUCUUUUCCAUACUGGUUCCUUUGAGCAGCAUCACCCUUUCACUGAGAGUCUGUUCCUGAGCCAGGAGACCAGUACUAACACUCUAGUUCUUUGGCCUUUUUACUGUGGUUACGCUUUAUUUCAUUUUUUUAAUAUUGACCUGUAUGUCACCUGUAUGUACGUGUAGCCAGACACCUCCACACCCCCACCCGUCCCUUUCACUUUGUAAUUUUGGUUUGGUUCUCUCGAGAGUAUUUUUUUUAACUGUGUUCUAUAAUGUGCAUUAGUCCAGUGGUACUGCAGAGCUCAUUUUUCUAACCAUGUGUUACUUCAGCUGUGACAAAAAUAGCAAUUUUUGUAGUGAUGGGAUCAUUUGUGAUUGUGAAGAAAGCCCUUCAACACUGAGCCUGUGGAGACACUUUAAAUCAGAGUGAUAGUGCUUGAAUUGUGUUUUCUUGGCCAAAAGUUCACUUUUAAAGGUGCAAAAGAUGAGUUGUGUUUUUUGUUGGUUGUUUUUUUUUUUAAUUAGCAAAAAGUGUCAUGUUAAAAAUGCAGAACCACCCCACUUUCUAUUAAAAAACAGCUGGAAGUGGCA